AUGGCAAGGAAAUGGCAAAAGUUUGCGGUCAAGCAGAGAAAGAGAAUUUCUUUUCCAAGAUCAUCUAAUUACAAUGAUGCAGAGAGUUGUAGCACAUCAUAUACUGUAGUUGGCAAAGGGCAUUUUGUGGUCUAUACAACUGAUCAGAAGCGAUUUGUGGUUCCUUUGUCUUAUCUUCAACACGAGGUAAUCGGACAACUAUUGCACAUGUCUGAAGAAGAGUUUGGACUUCUAAGUGACGGUCCUAUCACAUUGCCGUGUGAUGAACUAUUCAUGAACUACAUCAUAUCACUCAUCAAAAGUGGUGUUGCUGCAGAUAUUCAGAAUGCUUUGCUCGUAUCAGUAGCUUCCAGCCGAUGCUCAUCAGUGUCAUACCUUCAUGAACAAAGAAACCCGCAAUUGCUAGUUUGUUAA